AUGUCGAAGAUAUACUCGAACACGCAAUUCAUAUGUGCGUGUACGACAUCCAAAUUAAGCAGCUCAGAUUCUUUGAACGCAAGGAAAUACCUCUUCACUGAAAAUCAGUCAUUUCCUUUGCAUUCGCUUCCUAAACUUUACUAUUGCUUAUCAUGUCGUUGUAUAAAGUGUACAGCAUGUCUAACACCGAAAUAUGAAUCAAAGUUCUGCCCCAGUUGCAUGAUAGAUCACACCGGGACUAGCUCAGUCUACUGUACCAAAAAUUGUUUCGAUUGUCCUAAAUGCUCCUCACGUUUGACUAUAACUUCAAAAACGAUCCCACCGAAAUCCAAACAAUUCAAAUUUUCAUGUACUUAUUGUGAUUUCAGCUACUCUACGGGAAUAAUAGAUAAACCAAAGUCACUAUUGAACAUUCUCAAAUCAGAAAAUGAAGAGAAUAAUAAGGAAGCAGAAAUGUUUCAUCAAUUCCAAAUCAAAGUAAAGAGCACAGUUUCUUACAAUAAACUUUUAUCUGCAGAUGUAGGGCCCAGCGGAUCAUCACGAAAGAUAUCCCCAGAGCUUCUAGCAAAAUUGACAAAUUUAAAUCUAACUAACCUUACAAAGAAACUAUCUGGAUCAGAUAAUCUUACUAAAAUUGAGAAGCUUGAAAAUCAGAUUAUUACAAUCAAACCCAUUGCAUUUGAUACAAACCAGGAUGAGGAAGAAGCAAAUAAAAGGCUCAAUUCUGAAGCUAUAAUACCGCAGCAGAGUUCUAUUCACCAACAUUCCUACAAUCAUCCGUUUCAAACACUUCCCAUACCUAAGACCCUUCGGGCUAAGAAGUCAUUACUAUGCGAUAAAUGUGCAACAGUUGUGAUACAACCGGAACCGUUACCAGUUCUGUUGAAAUUUCCAAUAAAGAAUAAUGCAGUAGAAGUUAUACCUACCGUUAAAGUCACCUCGUCAUCAUCAUCUGUAAUACUGGGGAUUCCAAAUUCUGUAUCAAUACAUCUCAUAAAUCCCCAUAACCAAAAAAACUCAGUCAAGAUAUCCACCAUAUCACAGUUACCCACGCAAUUCUUUGAUAAUACAUCCGUUCUGGUAAAUGUGACUCUACCCACAGCAUCUACUGUACUUCUUGCACCGAAGCUGGACUCUAAAAAGGAAUCCAUUUUAAAAUCCAUACCGACAUCCUUCUUGAGUGAAGCUACCCAAAACUCCAGGACAGAGUUAAUGCUAAGACAUGGAAGUUCCACGGAUGCCAAUACUUCUUACCUUGAGGAUUCAUUUGAUGAAUCUUUCGAUACAACAGUUCCCAUUGAGUCGAGUACAAGUUGGUCACUGGUGCAAAUGAAAUUUGUCGUUAUCGGUGGUGCAGGCGAGAAUGUUGACCUUAAAAUCCCGUUACAUUUUGCAUUAGAAACAAGUAUGGACGGUCAGCCUUUCAAACUUACGUAUUGGAGUGUAGUUGAAUUGGGAAAUUUCAAAAUAGUUACUCCAUAG